AUGACUCAAUACAUCCGCGCACCCCAACAACAACAACAAAAACAACAAGAGGAAGAAGAAGAAGAAGAAGAGGAAGAAGAAUCCGCUUUGUCGUGGAAGGGAAGAUUUAGACUAAAUGCUGUGUCCAACUUUAUUUUCAUUAUAAUGGAAGAAGUAAAUUUUGUUAUCGAUAGUGCUACAUUACGUUACGAUGGUGAGGAAGAAGUUUGCAGUCAGAAUGCGGCUAAAUUAAUAGAAAAAUCAACGAGACCAAAACUUUGUAAAUGUGGCUCAGAAGAUAUUAUUCUAACCCAAAAUCUCUAUGGUUCAUUUUGCAAGGGGUGCUUUUUAAUAAAAGUUUCCCACAAGUUCAGAUCAGAAUUUGGAAAAUCUCGCUUAAUUAGGGAUAAUGAAAAUGUGGCCGUGUCAUUUUCUGGUGGGAGGAAGUCGUCUGUUUUAGUUCAUUUGGUGCAAGAGGGGCGUAGCAAAAGAACGCAGAAAAAAUUGAGAUUUGAAUCUACCUUAAUCAGCAUUAUCGAGCCGAGCCAUACAGAAGAAAGUGUCGGACAACUCUUCAGACAGUUGAAAGCAUUGAACAUGCCGUAUUAUGUUUAUGCGCUAAAUCAGGUAUAUCUGAAUGAAGCAGAUGCUGAAUUGGAGCCCCUUCUAACAAAUGUAAAUAAUAAAAAUAAUUAUAAAGAUAAUAAUAAUUAUAAUAAUAAUUAUGGUAAUAAUAUUAAUAAUAAUGAUAAUAAUAAUGGAAACGAUGGUAACACAAAUAAUUGCGAUGAUAAAAGUGAUGGUGCUGAUGAGGCUGUUGAAAAAUUAAUGAUUAAAUGCAGACUUGCUGACAACAACAAUGUUAACAACGACAACAACAACAACAAAAAUAACAACAAUAAUAAGAAUAAUAAUAAAAAUUUUAAAGAUAGAAGUUCGCAGUUGUCAAUGAAUUUAUUGCUAAGGCGUGAGUUGCUAGCAAAGAUUUGUAAAAAAUUGGACAUAGAUAAAAUAUUAGUGGGUGAUAACAUGGAGAUGUUAGCCUGUGGUCUGAUUUCUAAUAUAUCUUUGGGUAGGGGAAGUCAAUUGUCGUACGAUAUUGAUUUCGUCGACGGUAGACGUGAUGGGGUUUCAUUCGUUAAACCACUAAGGUCGU